CAUGAGCCCGAAGACGUUGUUUGCGUUUUGCAUCGAGAUGCUUUGUUUCAGAGAAAGGUGUCACCCAAAAUUAAACCCUCGAUGUCUCCUCCUCCUUCGUCAGCCAAACUGGACACCGCCACAGACGUGAUCGCAGAGAAUCUGGGAAGGAAUUGGCGCAAACUGGGCCGCAAACUGGGUUUGACGGACGUGAAGCUGGAGUCCAUCUCCAGGAGGCAUCCCACCGAGCUGGAUGAAACGGUGAGGGAGCUGCUGAAGGAGUGGAGGAAGAGUCGAGGAGCCGAGGCUCGCGCGGAGGAGCUGAUAAAAGCUCUGAGAGCCUGCGAGUUCAACCUGACGGCCGAUAAAGUGGAGGACAGACUCGCAGGACGCUGAUGGAGAUUUACUCAUCAGAUGAACUUUAGGAAUUAAACUUUGAUCAACCUUCAAGAGAAGAGAUUCACUUUAAAGAGAGCUAUUCGCAGAUAUAUAAAAUUAUGCAAAAAAAUGAUCUUUUUAUUAAUAAAUCGACUUGCUGAAUGUCAGAAAACA